AAACUAAAAGACAAAAAACAGAGCUCCUCUCUGGAUCACAUUGUCUCUCUCUCUCUCUCUCUCUCUCUCUCUCUCUCUCUCUCUCUCUAUUAUUGUUCCUCAUGGAUUCUUCAAGAACCAGAACUUUAGCCAGACGAUCUGAUCCGGUCAACUUUCCGGCAAAGACAAACAAUUCUUCCCGCCGUUCUUUAUCUUCUUCUUCCUUCUCGUCCUUCUCCUCUUGCUCCUCUAGCUCCCUCGUGUUUCAAGGCGGCUCUCCUUUAAAUUCUCCGGCGAGUCCUCUUCGUCUCCUCGGUGUUCCAUUCUCUUGGGAACAGCUUCCAGGGAAACCCAAAGACUACUCUCAUAGACUCAACCACCGCCAAAAUAACGACUCUUCAGUUAUACUACCCCUCCCUCCUCACCGGAGCACACAUUUUCCGGUUACCGUAAAAAAUAAAAAAUCUAACAGUUUAAGUAAGAAGAACAGCUUCCCGGUGACUGAGAAAGAUCCCUUCGCCGCGGCGUUGUUGGAGUGUUCCAAAGACGACGACGAAGAUGAAGAGGACGGGGAAGAUCAUGAAGUUGAUCGUAGGUUCCGAGGAAACUCCGGCGGAUCAAGCAAGGCAUUAACAAAGAGCAGCAUCGGCGACAGGUUCGGGUUAGUGAGUCUCUACGGUUCUUGUCGGAGAACUUGUACAGUUUCAGAGUCCAUUGUUUAUCUCCCAAGAACGAGAAAAGCUGCUUCGUAUGAUCAUCUGCUUCCACGCCGUCGCCGUUAAUUCAUUGUCUUUCACGGUUUACUAUAUAUAUUUUCUCUUGAUCUUUGUAAUACUUUUUAUAUAAUUUUCUAUGAAUGUAACAUAUUAUGAGUGGGAACGUGAUUAUUUCAGAGUGA